GCGCAUGCGCAGUCUUUCGCCGUGUCCAGGCCGGGUAUCAUGGCGUCGUACGUGGACAUUCUGAAGAGCGAGUUCCCGCAGAUCGACUCGGAGCUGUUCGACUACAUCACAGGAGUCCUGGACAGUGGAGGUGCAGACUUUGAAGAUGCUGAGGAGGUGUUUGAGGCGGUGGGAGGUUUUCUGCAGGAGGUGUCUGCAGACGCCAAGAACGAAGACGACAUCAGAGACAUCUGUCUGCAAAUGUUCAACUGCCUCCAACUCAACAACUGUCAUGGCCGACAGCAGCAGGUGCUGCUGGACGCUCCAGUUCAACUCUCUCAGAUCAACGCUCAUGCCACUGAGAUCAAAGAUGUCCAGGGCAUCUGGAUGAUGAAGAGGCCUCAAAACACGACGGUCGAUGCAAAGAAACUGGAGAAAGCUGAAGCCAAACUCAAAGCCAAACACGAGCGACGGAACGAAAAGGACUCUCAGAAAUCCUCCACUCCUGUUGUCCUGGAGGAGGCGUCGGCGAGUCAGUCGAGCAGUAAGAAGGAGGGACGUGUGGACCAGAGCGGGAAAAACCGCAGCUACGACAUCAGGAUCGAGAACUUUGACGUGUCGUUCGGAGAGAGGGUUCUCCUGCAGGGGGCAGACCUCUCCCUGUCGUUCGGGCGGAGGUACGGUUUGAUCGGGAGAAACGGUUUGGGGAAGACGACGCUGCUGAAGAUGCUGUCGAGCCGCAGCCUCCGAGUCCCGGCUCACAUCACGAUUCUCCACGUGGAGCAGGAGGUGGAAGGAGACCACACCAAAGCCCUGGACAGUGUCCUCCAGAGCGACACCGUGAGGGAGGAGCUACUGAGCGAGGAGAGGGCUCUGAACACCCGGAUCAACAGCGGAACAGCUGAUGGGACGGAGAGCGUGCGACUCUCUGAGAUUUACGCCAAACUGGAGGAGAUCGAGGCCGACAAAGCUCCGGCUCGAGCGUCUGUGAUCCUCGCCGGUCUCGGGUUCACGCCUCGAAUGCAGCAGCAGACGACAAAGGAGUUUUCUGGAGGCUGGAGGAUGAGGUUGGCUUUGGCUCGGGCGCUCUUCGCUCGGCCUGACCUGCUGCUUCUUGAUGAACCGACGAACAUGCUGGACGUCAGAGCCAUUCUGUGGCUCGAGAACUAUCUACAGACCUGGGCGUCCACGAUCCUGGUUGUGUCUCACGAUCGUAACUUCCUGAACGCCGUGGUCACUGACAUCGUUCACCUGCACACGCAGCGAUUGGACAGUUACCGCGGCGACUACGAGAACUUCAUCAAAACCAAAGAAGAUCGCCUCAAGAACCAACAGCGAGAGUAUGAGGCACAGCUGCAGUACAGACAACACAUACAGGUUUUUAUUGAUCGGUUCCGGUACAACGCCAACAGAGCGGCACAGGUGCAGAGCAAACUGAAGCUGCUGGAGAAACUGCCCGAGCUCAAGCCCCUCGAGAAGGAAACAGAGGUCAUGCUCCGAUUUCCAGAUAACUUUGAGAAGCUUUCUCCUCCGAUCCUGCAGCUGGACGAGGUGGAGUUUUACUACAGCCUGGACCAGAGACUCUUCACUGGACUCAACCUGUCUGCAGACCUGGACUCACGCAUCUGCAUCGUGGGAGAGAACGGAGCCGGGAAAACCACCGUACUGAAGCUUUUAAUGGGAGAACUGACCCCCAUCAACGGAGUCCGACAAGCGCACAGAAACCUGAAGAUCGGAUACUUCAGUCAGCAUCACGUCGACCAGCUGGACCUCAACGUCUGCUCCGUCGAACUGCUCGCCAACAAGUUCCCCGGUCGGCCGGAGGAGGAGUACCGCCACCAGCUGGGCAGAUACGGUAUCACAGGAGAGCUGGCCACGCGGCCUGUGGCCAGUCUGUCCGGAGGACAGAAGAGCAGAGUGGCAUUCGCUCAGAUGACCAUGCCCUGUCCAAACUUCUACAUUCUGGACGAGCCGACGAAUCAUCUGGACAUGGAGACGAUCGAAGCCCUGGCCAAAGCACUCAACAAGUUUAAGGGCGGCGUGGUGCUGGUGUCUCAUGACGAGCGGCUCAUCCGAUUGGUUUGUCGUGAGCUGUGGGUUUGUGAGAGUGGACGAGUGGGACGCGUCGACGGCGGCUUCGACGAAUACAAACACAUCCUGCACGAACAGUUCAGGAAGGAGGGCUACCUGUGACCAAUCAGAGCGCAGGACGGGGGAGGGGCUACCUGUGAGCGGCCAACCGCGGCGCAGGACGGAGGGAGGAGGGGCCGCCCGUGAGCGGCCAAUCGGAAAGCAGGACCGUGGUGGAGGCGACCCUAGUCCCGCCCUCACACCGGCCAAUCCGAGCGCGGGACGGGGGCGACUGCGGCCAACCGGAGCGAGCGGCCGCUGGUGACGCGAGCCCCGCCCACACGUCACUCCAUCAGCCAAUCAGAGCAGAGGACUCAUAAAAACAUUGGAACAUGAACUGGACCUGAGACAGAGCGGCGUCUGAUUGGUGCAUACGGCUGUCAAUCAUCUUUUGGAUCCAAUGGAAGAAGAGUGACAGGGGGCGGGCUCUUCCACAGACAAUAACCAAUCAAAAGUGUUUUAAAGUCUCGUGGGGGCGGAGCUGCUAAAGGCCAACUCCUGAAUAUAUAAAUAUAAGAUUAAAUCAAAUAAAAAGAUCUAAAUACGA